AUGGAACGAGAGGCGGUUGAGAUGUUCUGGGAGGGCAGCCAGGCACGUCAGGGUUCUGCAUGCGGAAGGCUGAUGAAUUGCCGAGAUUUGCGUCAACGUUCCAAGGCUCCACCACCGUGCGAGUGCGGUGUUCUCCAUGAGCUCCUGCCAAGUGUCCCGUGCCCCGUGCCUGUGCAGGCUGUUGCACCUGCUGUUCUGCACCCAGUCAGCUCACAGGAAGGAGGAAGGAAGGAGGCACGGAAGACUUGCACCUACUCCCUUUCUCUAAAUUUUGGUAAGGAAUGGAAGUCUUUCCACUUGCUGGCCAAUGCUUGGGAGGAACCGGGGGGCCCCAGGACCUUAAGGGGGCUACGGGCCCAGUUCAGCAACGCCAGGAACACUGCGAGGUGCGAACUACGAACUACGGAUACCUUACGAACCCAUGGCGGCAGCGCUGAUGUCGCUUCGCAUUGGUGCUUCGAAGUGGACAGCCUACAGAAAAAUGCAAGGUCCCAUGGAAGUUUCCGACUGGUAACGCCGCUGGGAAGAGAAAGGAACGAGACCGCCCACGACCGCCCACGCCGCCAUCGCGAACCCCCCAUGUGCAGCCAUGCUGCUCUAGCAAGCCACCGCGGGCUAGGGUCGAAGCGGCCGGUCAAGGGGGGAGCAGACCAAUGUCACUGGCGCGUCUACUCCGUACGUACUACGGAUGCUAUUGUGUACGGUUACUUUGUACAAACAAGACCAUGGGCAUUCCGUACCACGCACUUGUUCCACACUCCUCAUAGUCAGCUCGCCGAUCAACAAGCCAAGACCGUUCUCGGCAGCUGGCUACUGCAGCGCAAGUACGAAUACAUUGUUACUUUGUUUUCCCAUCCGGCUCGGUCCAGGCUUCGCCCGUCCGCGCUCGUACAGCCUGUCAUUCCGCUGGCUUCCAAAGAAAAAGCAAAGCAAGUACCUUCCAUUGGAUUGGACGCAUCAACUGCCGCCUCAGGUCUCGAGCCCUCCUGCGAUCCUGCUCUGCCCGGCGUGUGCUGUAUACCUCUACUCCCGAGAGACAGGACAAGCACUAGAGCACCCGCUGCAUGUCUCACAAACAUCGGUACCGUCUCAUUGGUCGACUUUCUCGAUAAUUUCAAACAUCCUGCGGGGACCCCCAUCGCUUUCGCGCCCCAAAACCACCAGCUGCAACCCCUUAAACUUGGAGCCUGUCGCGACACAGCUGUGCAUCAUCACCCCAACACGUUGCAAGAGGAGGAAAAGAAGGAGAGAGAAAAGCCGGAUUCGCUCACAACGGACGCCGUUUGCUCUUGCAUCCCGAUUUCUUUCUUCGAUCGACGACAGACCGGCACCUCGACUUCCUCGUUCCGGCCACCUACCCCGAACACGGCAGCUUGUUUGAUGCCUUUGCGCAUGCAUACGACGAACGACGUCUCUAUUCCCGCAAACGGACUCCCACUUACUGCCGCGCUUUCUACACUCAGCGCCCGCAAAAGCCACCACCCAAUCUCGCAUAUCUACAGCGGUGCCCCAAGGAGGCCGACUCUCAACGACAUUUCCGACGUCUCUUGUUGA